AUGAGUUCAUCAGACGAGGAAGUUAAAGAAAUCCCUUUACCAAAGAACAGAAUCAGAUUCUCAGAUAUGCCAAAGCAUUUCCAAGACAAGGCUAUUAGACUAAUAGAAUCUGCUUCAUAAAAGCAUAAAUUAGACAAAGACUUGGCAACUGAUAUAAAAUUAACGCUUGAUAAAGAUCCAAUUUUAGCUGAUGAAUGUGGCGGAUGGCACGUUAUUGUAGGGAAGUCCUUUGCUUCCGCUAUCACUUACUAAACUAAGGCAGUUUUAUUCUUUGAUCUAUUGGAGGGAACAAAUAAAACAUUCCUUAUUUUCAAAACCUAGUGA